GUUAGUCAUAAAUCUUAAAAGAUUUCUUUCUCAUUCAUUUUGUCAUCAGGCAUCCUGUUCAGCGAAUUCCUGUAUAACACAGGAAAGGGUUUUUUAUCAUCAGACCAUGACUCCAUCCUGGCUGGAAAUGUACGCCUCAUACAUUGACAGCUCACGUGUACUGACCGCUGCACAGCUCACAUUCAACGCGGGCAACGUAGAUAACGCUGCCCUUUUAAAGAUACCCAUGAUUCCUGCCGGUACACUUAGAGAUUCAAUGCCGCUGACAAUUGAGAUCACGGUCGCACAUGACGUAAGCAUUGGUCAAGGAACCGACAGUGAUAUCGCAUAUGGCGUGUCAGAUGGUAACAGAAUGAUUGGUUUUCACACAUGGGACAAGGGAAACUACAAUGAUCGGUCUCCUUGCAACGGAGUGGAAGGUGUCUCCGGAUCCACCUUAACGUCUGUUCGCCUCGAAUCACUUACUCCAAAACCAAGCGAUUCUUUCUACCCUGGUCAGUAUGUUUUAACUCUUAAGUUGGAUCAACGCUGGGGAUCGUGCUAUACCGCGCAUGACGGAGGCUUCGUGAGCACCGCUGGCUUCAACAGUCGACUGACGUUCAGUAAGGGACUUACUUUGGAGGUGUACAAAGGCGACAAAGUCGAGCGAGUUGGCAUCCGAUACAUCAAGGUCACCAUUAUAGGAGAUGAUGCUUAGAGGAAGGAACCUUAACUUAUAAUCACCAUCACUCGAUUUCAUCGGCAUUAAUAGGAUAGUUGUAACCAUGGUUAUGAAGGCAGAGGAGUUGAGAGGUAGAAAAAAAAUAACAAGAAAACUUGUAAUUGUAAUUUUUUUAUCAAUAAAUAGAGGUACACAAAUGAGA